CCCGUUUUUCGCGGAGCAGAGCCGUCUCGUCUGGUCUCUGACGUGUGGUGUUCUCACCACAUAAACGCCAUCAGCCAAAGAGUCCGGACCGUGUGUGUGCGUGUGUCCGUCAUCGAUUCCAGCGCGAGCCCUUCCGAUGGGCAGCAGCACCGCCGUCGUUGCGUUGGUUUUUUCCGCGAAAGGUGUUUAAUUCGAUAUAGCUGAAAAGAGGCGAACCAAAGGAAACGGGACGCGGACACUAUUUUUAAGAACGCGCUUUCCCAAACGUGGCUGUUACGCAAAAGGAAAGAAAAAGAGAUAUUAGGCAGGAUUGUUUAAGGUAAGAACAAACAAACAGUGGCCUAAUAGCAGAAGCAGCAGUCGCAGCAGCAGAAACAACAACUUUCUUUCAAACACAACAAAGAAACAAGAAGAAGAAGAAAGCGCACGCAACAACCAGUGGGAACAGGAAGGAGCAGAAGAAAGAAGCAGCCGCAGCAAAAGUCCGAACUCGGAAGUGUCGUCAAUUGCGUUAUCGUCGAAUUUGUCGUCGUCGUCGUCCGUGUGUUCAAGUGAGAGUUUGUGAGUGUUUCGUCGUCGUCGAAUCGGAUUCGGAUUUUGCAGCAGCGCGCGCGCGUCCACACAAGCCAAGGAGCAGGUCUCUGGAGUUGUGCGUUUCGUUCAGUAUUUUACCUUUGAGAGGAAUCUGCUAGGAGUAGAACCGAUGGCAUCGGUUGGGGUGUUUUCCUUCCCGAGUGCCCUCGCCGGUGGCAGUGCCACGGGGGGUGGCAGCCAGGUUCCGGCGCCGCUGUCUCCGGUUGCGACGUCAAUUUCCAGCAGUCCCGAAACGUCACCGUCGCCGCCACCGUCUGCUGUGGCAAGUCCGCCGACGCCGCCCCCGCCGGCGUCCCCUACGCCGGAGAUGUCCCCACCGUUGGUGGUGCGACCGCCGACCCCGCCCAUGUCCGGCCCGGCCGGUCUGUUUGCCGACGCGUUCAAGCUGGUCGCGGACAGCUCGAUGCCGUUCGACGAGCUCGACUCGAACGCUAGCGUCGGGGGUGGACGCGGUGGGCCCGGAAGUGUUGGGGCGCCCGAGUCGGUCAACGGGGGCGGAAGCAGCGCCGGUGGGUACCCGCUCGAUGUGGGCGGUUCGCUGUCCGACUGUAUGGAGCAGGACUGUUCGCUGUGCCAGAACAAGUUUAUCUCGCCGCGUGUCCUCGCCUGUCUGCACGUGUUCUGUGAGACAUGUCUGGAGAAGCAUCUGGGAGAUGCGGACGAGCUGAAGAAGCUGGAGGGAUUGAUCGAGUGUCCGACGUGCAAGCAGCCGACCAAGGUUGGCACCAAGGGCAUCGGUGCGCUGCACCAGGACUACGUCCUGACGAACGUGCUGGAUCUGUCCACGAUCGAGCCGUCGAUGUUGGCGUGCACGUCCUGCAAGAGCAAGGAGAUGGCCAUUUCGCGCUGCAACGAUUGCGCCAACUUUUUGUGCGCCAGCUGUGACAACGCUCACCGGUACAUGCGUUGCUUCGAGGACCACAAAGUGGUUCAGCUGGAGGAUCUGCGCAAGUCGUCGGAGAAGGUGGCCAUCCACAAGCCGCUGUACUGCAGCGUCCAUCCGCCGGAGAACCUCAAGUACUUUUGCUUCAACUGUCAGAUUCCGGUGUGCAACGAGUGCUUGAUUGGUGAGCACAAGGGCAAGGAACACAACUAUCAGAUCAUCAGCGAAGCGGAGAAGCCGAUGCGGUUGGAGCUGGAGCAGCUGAUGAAGGAGGCUCGCACCAAGAUCGAGUACUGCAACCAAACGACGACCAACCUGGAUGCGUCGCUGCACGAUCUGCAGAACCAGUUCGAGACGGCACGCGAUUUGAUCAACGAGUCGUUCCAGAGCUUCAAGGCCGUUCUGGAAAAGUGUCGCGAUAACGCGCUGAAGAAUCUCGAAAAGCUGCACUCGGAGCGCGAGCUCAAGAUCAUGGAGAUGUUCCACCAGGUGGAAAAGUCGUCGGACAAGAUUGAAAACACGGCCAAGUUCACCAAGAAGGUGCUGGAUCAAGCCAACGGUCCCGAGCUGCUCAGCUUGAAGAAGAUGAUUGCGGCUCAGUUUGCCAGUCUGAUCGGGUCGACGCCCAAGGUGGACGUCAACUUUUCGCUCGAGUUCCAAACCAGCUUUGAGAAGUUCGACCAGAUUGCGGCCGAGUUGUUCGGCUCGUUCCGCACGGAGAUUACUCCGCCAAGCCCGAAGGAGACUACUCCGCCGCCGUCGCUGCCCGGAAUGGCCAUCAUGAUCAACAAGCCGCCAACCAACGGCACAGGUCUGUCGCAGGGUCCGCUGACCGGUUCCGUCACUGCCUCGAGCCCGAUCUCGUUGCCAACAUCGAUGCAGUCAUCGUUCGACGGUGACAUGUCCAACCUGGGCGCCAGCUACAUGCUGCCGCACGUGCUCACUCCGGAACCACCAGCAUCGACUCCGAUUGCCAACCCGCACAUAGCGGCCGCUGCACCAGCUACCGUCGGAGGAUCGGCCUCGCUGCCCGGUCUCACCAGCAUCGCCGAGUACAACCUGCACCGGCUGGCGAACCUUGCCGAAACCGCAAACGACAUCGUUCCGGACGCCAUCGUCCCGGUCAACAGCGCUGCCGCCCCGAAUCCCAACUUUACGCUGGCGGAUUUGAUCUCCGGCGACCAGAAUGCGUUCCAGGCACUGGCCAAGUACGGCCUGAACAACCCGGAACUGCAGCCGGGACCGAUGAUGCCACCGCACCCGAACAUGGACCAACAGCUGCUGCUGAACGACUUCUCCGGACUGCCGGGUGGUCCGGCAUCGACCAUGCUUCCAACUUCCCCCAUGUCGAUGGACGGAUCGUCGCUGGCCGGCGAUAUGGCCGGUGCCAUGAGCCGAUUCCAGGUGAACGGCCGCACCAAGGCCACUCCGAUGCAGAUUCGGUGCAAGUUUGGCUCGCUUGGCCAGACCAAGGGCCAGUUCAACUCGCCGCACGGCUUCUGUCUGGGCGUUGACGAGGAGAUUGUCGUGGCCGACACCAACAACCAUCGCAUCGAGAUCUUCGAGAAGAACGGCACGUUCAAGUUCUCGUUUGGCGUGCCCGGCAAGGAGGAGGGCCAGCUGUUCUACCCCCGAAAGGUAGCGGUGAUGCGAUCCAGCGCCAAGUUUGUCGUUUGCGAUCGCGGAAACGAACGCUCGCGCAUGCAGAUCUUCUCCAAGAACGGACACUUUAUCAAGAAGAUCGCCAUUCGCUACAUCGACAUCGUGGCCGGACUGGCCGUCACCAACAAGGGGCUGAUCGUCGCCGUGGACAGCGUCUCGCCGACCGUGUUCAUCAUCUCGGAGGACGGCAACCUGAUUCACUGGUUCGACUGCAGCGACUUUAUGCGCGAGCCGUCCGACAUCGCAAUCAAUGGUUCCGACUUUUACGUGUGCGACUUCAAGGGCCACUGCGUGGCCGUGUUCUCCGAGGAGGGUACGUUCAAGUAUCGUAUCGGCAGCGAGAAGGUUACCUGCUUCCCGAAUGGUAUCGACAUCUCGGACGCCGGCGACGUGCUAAUCGGCGACUCGCACGGCAACCGCUUCCACGUGGCGUGCUACAGCAAGGACGGCCAGCUGCAGUCCGAGUACGAGUGUCCGUACGUAAAGGUAUCGCGCUGCUGCGGUCUCAAAAUCACCUCCGAGGGGUACGUCGUCACGUUGGCCAAAAAUAAUCAUCACGUGCUCGUACUCAACACCCUCUACAUUCAGUGAUUGACCGCCGGAGCUAGAAUCCUCAAGCCGAAUCGCUAAGCACCAAGUAAGUACCCGCCCGCCCGUCAGAAAGAAAGAGAGAUAGAAAAACGCCCCCAAUAUGUUCUGCUCAGCACGGCUCAAAGCUGUGUGCGCACCGUGGCCACCAUCUGUAACCCUUACAGAGAGAGAGAUCAACAACAACAAACGUCUUUCUUUCGUCUCCAAGAAAGAGGCCACCAAAACAAAACGUACACACCAGGGAGAACGAAGGAAAGAGAAGGGAAAACGAAAGAUAUUAUGUUGUUUUACCAAUAUUAUUACUAUUUUAAUUUUUCCUUUUUAUUAACACUAUUUACAAUUUUAUCCUUAAAAUUACGCUAUUUUAAACAAUAUUUAUUAUCGAAAACUGAAAAAAAUGAAUGAUCUCCAUUUUUAUUUUACAACAGCAAGAGCGAGAUACUGUUUUUAUUAUUUUAUUGUAAACGCAAACAAACAACAAAAAAAAGCACUCACAGCACCAUACUAGAAACAAAAGCAAAAAUUUGUCAAACAAAGAGAUGCAGGAAACGUUUGUAGAGGGAAGCGAAGCGUAUGGUGUGAGUCUUAUUUUACUCUGUUAGUAGAAAGGCGCGAAUAUUUAUAGGGAUUAAGCGAAAAAACAAACUAGCAACAGAAAAAUCAGAAAAUCAAACCUUUCGAAUAUCUGUAAAUAUUUUUACUUGAUUCUUAUACACAAGCUGAAAAAACAACACCCGAAGCAAGCUUAAACACGUAACUAGUAGGCGUAAUUUCCUUUUUAAAAAAAACCACGCUGGAAAACAAAGUAGCAGGGGAAAACAAAACAAAAAAGAAGCAUAUUUUACACUCAAACACACACACACACAUGCAUAGAGAAGUUGUAUACAUUAUACACACUUGUAGGAAGAUCGCCAUAUUUUUUUUGCAAUAUGAUUAUUAUUUUUAUUGAUUUUCUCUUUGUGUAGUAGAACAGCAGCAGUAGCGUAGUAGGCGCGGAAACCCCGUUUUUGUUUCCAGUUUUCAAAGGCAAACAUUUUAGAGAUAGGAUUAGUCGUGUGGGGCGCGCGUCACAAAAAUUUAUUAGCUAAGUUUAUUCUAGAGAGAGCGAGAGAGCAGAAUAGGUCGAUCUGUUGAUGUUAAAACCGCUUUGUUCAUUUUGUUUUCUUAAAAUUAUGAGGCAUUAAACAUGUUUUACCUUUUAUUUCCGUUAAACGUACACCACAUGUGUUACUGCUGAAAGUCUUGUUUUCCGGAACCCGAAAAAAAGUACACAGUAUUGUCCACCUUUUAUUUUUUAAAUUUGAAUUGCACUCCAACAUCGUUUUUUUUUAUCGGUUGAUCGAAUUUACUCAAACCCUUGGAAUUCGAGCGCCAAAUUAUCACAAAUCACGUCAUUUUUAUUUAGGUUAGAGUUACUUGUGUGAUGAUUUUGAAAAACUAUGCAUAAGCGAAAAAGAGACCCUUUUUUUUACAAAAUAUUAUUUUGCCUUUUAAAUCAGCAAGAAAUUGUACUCUAGAAGAGACCGUUUAGUUAUGAAUCAAUUCCGGUUAUCUAAUCAUUAGUUUAGUUGAAUAGUUUUUUUUCUUUUCCUUAAAAUAUCGUCCUUCUUUCCGACAGAAAAGUGCGAGAGAAUCUCUAAAUCUGUCGUCGUCGUCGUCGUACCUAAAACAUCGUUUUACAAACACAACCACAAAAAAAGCAGUGCAAGUUUUAUGUACUCCAAAUGCAAUAACAAAGAUGCCAUACUUUCCUUUUGUUUGAUAACGAUAAUUUUCUGUUUACUUCUGCUAAUAGCGGUAAGGUCGGGGUUAAACUUUAAAUGGGGCACAAAAUCGUUUAAUAAUGUUUUGCUUUCAAGAGAGAUCAUUUGUUCGCGGUACGUCUCACACAUACAAAUUGAUGCGUUCAGGCCUACUGUGCUGAGUUUGUCGUAGAGACGAUUCGUUGAAUUUAAUAGAAAUCGUCUAGCUUUCUUGUCAACGGCUCACACAUAUAAAUUGAAACGGCCAGGCCUUCUGUGCUGAGUUUGACGCAGAAACGGUUCGUUGAAUUUAAUAAAAUUGAAUAAAAACAGUCGAAUCUUUUAGCUUUUUCGUCAACGCCUCACACAUACACGUUUAAGCGGCCAGGCCUACUGUGCUAGGUUUGCCGCAGAGACGAUUCGUUGAGUUUGAUUAAAUUAAUGAAAACAGUCAAAUCUUUCUCGAACUAAUAUAUCAGUACAUUAUUUUACAACGUGUGCCCUGCUGACAAGUUAAUCUCGACUUUGGCAGCCAUCAUUCCUGUUAGGAAAAAAUCGGCUUGCUCUAAUUUUGGCUGCAAACCGACGCUUUUAAAUUAUUUUCCCCCAGAAUUACGACACGCAUACCCUUUUGAGUCAUUCGUCUUUUUGAAUCGUCCUUGUUGAAGAAUGAUAUCGUUCAUAGAACACGCUCAAUUUUUAUUUAAUUUUAUUCAUUAAUAUUUUAGCUCAAAUGGUUCCACUUUGAGGAAGAAAUUGGUUGUUUGUGAUGUUUCCGCUUUGCAAACUAAAACAAACACAAACAAAUCGUACUAAAAAGCAGCAAACAAUUUCUCCCUCGAACGCGACCAGACACAGUUUUAUUUUUUCCCUAGUUUAAGUCGCACGCUUACAACAUGAUUAAGGAACAGUACCCUUCUGCUGCAUUUAGAAAACGAUACAGUUAGGUAGUCCUGUUAGGGAGGAAGAAGGAAUGCGUGGAGCAAAGUAAAUACAUCCACAACAUCCGCAACAAAGCAAAAAGACAAACACACUGACAAAGGUAACAAAGUAAUCGAGAACGAGAGUAGUUGAAAACAACCCAAAGUAAAUAUUGCGUAUUUAAAAUGAUAUUUUUGCCUUAUAUUUUACAUUUUUACAUCAUUAGUAGUAAUUCCUUAUACAUACAUACACACGAAAAUAUAUACCUAAAUAUAUAUAUUAAAAAAAUAUAUACUGGGUGUAAAUACGGCCCACAGUAGUGUGGGAGAGAACACACGCUGGUUGGCGUUUUUGACUUCUUCUUUAUAUCGAUAAUCGCGAAUUAGGCGUAGAGAGUUCUAUUGUUGGUCGAGUGAUUUUACCAAAAAGAUAACAAAAAAAAAAUACAUCAUAUUUUUGUAAAACAAAAAUAAAAGCUUACGCAGGUAAUUCUUCAAACACAUGUAGCAAGAAGAUAAUCGAAAUAAGAAGUGGCUAGCAUGUACUUGAAAAACGCAGGCAGACUUGCAACACAACACCUUACAAAAGUUUAUAUUAAAAAAAAAGUUCCUUGAAUGUUUAUCUGUGUGCGUUUCGAGUGCGCGAAUGACAUUUACUGUUGGUUUGUUUGGUUCAGUUUGGUUUCCGCCAGCUCCCCGACCCCCAAAUAUUGCGAAUCUCGAAACCAAAUAGACAGCAACUAAAGCAACAGUCCGUUUUGCGUAGUAGAUCCACAAACAUAUCCAAUCUCUCCAACGCGCGUCAAUUUUAAUCAAUCGUUAGGGGUUUAAUUAGGGGUUUUUUUUUCUCGGAAAAUCGCGAAACAAAAAAAAUACGAUUUACAGCAGCGUCUCUCUCCGUGCUCUAAGCACUCACGCAAAUAGUGGGUCUCGCGUUUUAAAAUGCCCUUGAACAGCUAAGGGUUAGGCCAGGCCUACUGCGUUGUGUUUACCGCAGCGUUGGGUGAUUGCGCGGGUAAUUUUUUCCCAACUAUUUUACACACAUCAUAUUAUACAAUUUAAAAAAUGUGAAAGCCACAAAGAACUGUAAUUAUUUAUCAGAACUAGGUAAACAUAAAAAGAACUAAAUGAAAGGAAUAAUAGUGCCAUGUUUUAAAAUACACACACAGAUAAUGUAAUUAUUUUUGUUUAGUUUAACUAUACAUUUAUUACCGAAAGUAACAACAACAACAAAUGACAAACGCUGCUGAAAACAAAAAUCCCCAAAACGUUCGCAAAAUAGUAUUGUCAUUUUGAGACCUUUCUUUGAAAGUAAAGUAUCAACCCACGCAAGAGAAGAAGAAGGCAUAAAAAAAGCGGAAAUUUCACGGCAAAUUAAAACUUUUUUUUUAAUUUUAUCUCUCGAUAAGCAAUCAUGUUUGGCUGUAGUGUUCCUUAAUUGAUAUAGUCUCCUAUAUACAUAUAUAUUAUUUUAGAGGUUUUUUUUCUGGCCGCUCUCAAGCGCAUAUAUAGUAGCCUGUCCCAUUUUGAGGUCAUGUCGAGGAAUUUCAGGUGCUCACUUCUUAAAUGAUAGAUUAUGAUGUUAGGAACAAUGUUUUCUUAGACAAGAAAAAAUAAUAAAAUACUUUCUCGCACCCCCUAGUCGAUUUACUGAAAAAAGUCACUUUUUUGAACAAAUUUUCUAAAAUCGCUUGGAAUCAAUACAAAAACUGUUUCGAUCAGGUGUGUAUUAUCUUCAAACGAUAGGUUUUUGUCCAUAGAUUAAGAUGCACUAUCAAUAUUGGACCAAAAUUUAAGUUUUUGGACUCUCCCAGGCGGAUUUGUGUUGAAAAAAUCGCAUUUUUUCGAAACUUUUUUCAGAAAUGUUCAUUUAAUUUAGGGUAGCCUAUUUUUCCCAGUAAAACCAAUACAUGCAGCUUGUAGGAAAUUUCAUGGCGAACAUUUUUCCCUCUGAGAAAAUGCAAUUUCGACACUCCAGAGCCGAGAUAUUUGAGUUUUAGUGAGGAAAAAGUGCCAAUUUUCAAAAUUUCUCAGAAUUCAGAAGCAAGGCCUACUAAUUACACGAUGUAGCAAGCAUAUGUCUCAAAGGUCAGGGUAUGCUUUUUUAUAGUAAUUUUGGUCGCUGAAUCCGAAUCUGAAAUCAAAUUUCGUGUAAACAGUGAUGUUUUGGAGCUACACCCUUUUAGAAUGUUAUUUGCGUGUUUGAGAGGCAGUUUUUGUAAAUAUUGAUCGGUUUGUUCUAGAGGUCGUAUCGAGGUGCUCCGAUUUGGAUGAAACUUUCAGCGUUUGUUUGUCUAUACAUGAGAUGAACUCAUGCCAAAUAUGAGCCCUCUACGACAAAGGGAAGUGGGGUAAAACGGGCAUUGAAGUUUGAAUUUUCUGAGGAUUUCAAAUAUGACAAAAGUGAGACUAAAAAGUGCCGCUAUGGAUGCCUACAGGACAAUAACUAACGUUGUAAAAUGUUUGGUAUAGAAAAAUCGAAAAACUAUGAGAAAAACUGUGAUUGGCCAAAAAGUUAUUACCGUAGGCUUAUAGUUCAUGAAAUUCCCUAACUUUUGAACUAAAAGAGUAUGGGUGUUGGAGGCUGUUGCAAAAAGAUAUUGAGGUUUAAAAAAAACCACUUUAACAGUAAUUUGCAAAAGCUAUGAGAAAAAGUUAAACCAACCCUGGAUGUCUAUGGCCCAUUUUAAAGUGCUUCAAAAGACCUUUCGAAUGCAUCUAAGAGAGUGGGAAUUGAUGAAGUUUUACUAAAAUGUGAGCAAUUUAAUUUUAAGAUUUUUUAUGUUUUUUACCCCACUUCCCUUUGUCGUAGAGGGCUCAUAUUUGGCAUGAGUUCAUCUCAUGUAUAGACAAAAAAACGCUGAAAGUUUCAUCCAAAUCGGAGCACCUCGAUACGACCUCUAGAACAAACCGAGCAAUAUUUACAAAAACUGCCUCUUAAACACGCAAAUAACAUUCCAAAAGGGUGUAGCUCCAAAACAUCACUGUUUACACGAAAUUUGAUUUCAGAUUCGGAUUCAGCGGCCAAAAUUACUAUAAAAAAGCAUACCCUGACCUUUGAGACAUAUGCUUGCUACAUCGUGUAAUUAGUAGGCCUUGCUUCUGAAUUCUGAGAAAUUUUGAAAAUUGGCACUUUUUCCUCACUAAAACUCAAAUAUCUCGGCUCUGGAGUGUCGAAAUUGCAUUUUCUCAGAGGGAAAAAUGUUCGCCAUGAAAUUUCCUACAAGCUGCAUGUAUUGGUUUUACUGGGAAAAAUAGGCUACCCUAAAUUAAAUGAACAUUUCUGAAAAAAGUUUCGAAAAAAUGCGAUUUUUUCAACACAAAUCCGCCUGGGAGAGUCCAAAAACUUAAAUUUUGGUCCAAUAUUGAUAGUGCAUCUUAAUCUAUGGACAAAAACCUAUCGUUUGAAGAUAAUACACACCUGAUCGAAACAGUUUUUGUAUUGAUUCCAAGCGAUUUUAGAAAAUUUGUUCAAAAAAGUGACUUUUUUCAGUAAAUCGACUAGGGGGUGCGAGAAAGUAUUUUAUUAUUUUUUCUUGUCUAAGAAAACAUUGUUCCUAACAUCAUAAUCUAUCAUUUAAGAAGUGAGCACCUGAAAUUCCUCGACAUGACCUCAAAAUGGGACAGGCUAAUAUAUAGUUAUUAGGAAGUUCCAAAACUAGUAUUUACAUUUACAAUUAAUAAAGAAAAUGUGGAGUAAACGGAAAUGGCGGAUGUGUGUCGUAGCGUGCAUCGUGUGCUGGUAGUAGUAUGUAUGUAGUUGUAUAGAUGGAUGUAGUAUUGGCAGAUGUAGAAAUUAACGCAAAAUUCAAAACAAAGCAAAAAAACAUUUUCGUAGAUAGGUUUCAUUGUUCAUAUUUUCGUUGUCUGGUUGGAAGAUGUGGAGAAGAGAAAAAAAAAAUGCUAAAGCUACAAUGUGUACUGUAACGUAUACAUUAUGUUACACUUACACACACAUAUAUACAUUAUACACCGUGUCCGUAUGGUUUUGAGAGUGUCUUGUCGGAAUGUUGAAAGAAUUUUUCAUGGUAGGAAAUAGCAAGAAAAAAAAAUAAACAAACAGGAAUCACAUUUGUAUAACUGUAAUUACAAACAAAAAAAAACACAAUCAAAAACUCUUACCAUGGAUGUGUAAGUAUUUGAUAUGCUGUGACAAACUAAGAGAAAUCUUUUCGCCUAUUUAUUUGUUCCCUCGUUUUAAAGAACAUUUAGUUUUGUUUUUAAGUAUUUUGUAAGUUUUAAAGUCAACUAGCGCGCGUACACAACACGGCGUAAACGCUCGCUUUAGUUUGCAAUGUUCUGAAAAGAUUACCAAUUUGAAAGAACAGCGCACACACACUUUUACAAAUAUCUAGCAAGAAACAACUAAUUAAACUACACGAAUCAUCGACGCAAACACAAACAGCAUGAAAUUGAAACCGUUUGUUCCGAGUCAAAGACCCCCAAUAUUUAAUUUACAAACUUUUAUUAGCAUUGUAGAAGAAAAAUAACAAGAAAAUGAAUGCUCACCUUUACACCUUUUUAUACACAGCAACUUAAAGUUGAUGAUUAAAGAAGAAAAGAAAAUCACAAAAAAAAACAAACAAUUAUACACAUUAAACUCUUUACAGGCACUGUUCUAGAACUCUUCACCUCACAACUAAACAAUCCACACACACUUACACAAAACCAAUUUUCAAGUUUGAAAAGUGCGCAGACAGUUUAACUCUUUUUUUUUUAGUUUCUAAAACUCCAAACCAAACCAUCCUUUUGGACAUCACAUUUUGCUGAUGUUGCCGGUACCUUCCGCGCACUUUCGGUUUGCGAUCCAAAAGAUGAGAAAUAUCUAUUUUGCAGGUUGAAAUCAUAAUUUUUCUAUAUUUUUUGCGUAAAAUAAAACUUCAUCUAAGCAUAUUUUAUUUUGUUUGGCGAGCUAAAGGUUAUUUGGCCAGACCUACCUUAAAGCUUUGACCGCAGACACGAAUCUUCGGAGAAGACAAAAAUCGAACUAAAGCAAAUCAAAGUUUACCGUCGCUUGGAUCGCUACCGAUUGCUGUGCACACAAUUAUUUACAAAUUGCAUUUAACAAUAUUCAGUCAGAGUCCUGCUGUUUCAGUUUAGUUUGAACAGUAAAACAACAACAACAAACACAGUCUCGUAAAAGGAUAUGUGAUACUAUACAAUUUUUGUUUGCCACACCACCACCCUCCUUACUUAGUAACGAUGUUUUGUUGAAAAUUUGAGUAACCCUUGUGCAAAUUUUGUUUCAACACUCACACACCCCGUAGAACAGACAUGUACAAAAUUAUAUUUAUAUACGAAUAAAAUGGUAGGCAAAAUAUUUAAACGAAAAUUGUAUCCCAGUCGUCAUCAUCAACAAAAAAAGAAUAUAUUUUUCUGCAAAAAAAUGCUAGAAGGAGAACAACUACAGUGGAUUCAUUACAAAACAAGAAUAACAAUAAAAAUACCUUUUUCUCAUACGACGAAUAAACAAAACAAAACCAACUAUUGAUAAAUACACACAAGACAACUAUUUACAUAUUAUUAUGAAUUGCUCUUACACUUUCAAGUAAACAAAAGAAAACUCACACUCACAUAAUAACAAACAAACUAAAAAC